AUGGUGGCUGAUGCCAUCUUCAAGGUAUUUUGUAUGGUCAUGUGCAUCAUAUACCUACUUCACCAGAAACACACCCGUUUUAAUUUAGCCCUUCUGGCCCUCAUGCUCAUCCAAAUUAUCUUAUCUACUUCCACUUUGGUGACUGGCUUCAUCAUCUACAUUCUUAAACUUGGUGGUCUGGAUCAAGAAGUAUCCGAAGGAACUGGUUCCAGCAACUCCACCGUCAAAAGCAUGAGCGUCGAAGACUACUACAAAUCCCACCAGUCCAACUCCAAAUCAACCUCGAUGGAUUCAAAGAAUUGGAUGGACAUCAACCCAGCCACAAAUGCUGAUGAAAUCACUUUGGCUCCAGGAAUUGAUCCUCAAACAGGUACGACCAAUCGACUCCAUUCCAAGAGUAUGCCCAAUUUCAACAUCUCGGUCUCAGACUUGGAUCUCCCUCUCCAGCCACACGACGAGAUCAAAGUACUUCCCAAAUCAAGCAGCACCAAAAGCCAUGAAACCCUAAUACCAAAUUCCAACUCGGACAAUUCCAUUGUUCAUAUGAUAGAAACAGCCGAUCACGUGAAAAGGUCUAAAUCCACUGGACACUUAAAACAGACCAUCACAGUCAACAAACGACAACAACAGUGGAAGUCUAUCAGCGUGGAAAAGAACUUUCUCGAGAACAUCAACGAGAAUUUGCUUCCUUCGGUACUAAAGAAAGGCGAAAGCCCAAUUCUUGCGUUGAAGAGGAAACAGCAAAGCCAGGAUUUCGAUAUCGAACAAGUAGACUUUGAAUACCAAUACCAGCCCAAGAAGGUCAACUUCUUCACUUCCACAAAUAUGGGUUCCAAGACCGAAGAAGUAUUUGACCUGAAUGAUGACAAAAGGUCUGCAGACCUUCCAUACAUAUCUGAGUUUGGCGAAGGGCACUCAGAAGAACCAGCUAUGAUGUUUGAAGAUUUUGACCAAAACAGUCGACUUGAAUACGAAAGGACCAUUGCUGAUUUCCAAAUCCCCCAAACAUACGAAGGGCUGUGGAUGAGCAGUACCCAAUCGAUGAGACACAUUUCAUUGGACCAGUGGAACCAGAACUCUCACAUUUACAAGAACUUAAGGACUCGAUCCGGGGUAAGUUUGAACAUUCCUCAAGUAUUCAGUGAACAUAUUCUCAACGACAGCAAUGUCACCCUCACAAGCGAUGGAGAGGAUCUUUUAGCACUUCCCGACAACCGGACUGAUAAUAUCGACCAUUUGAGCGAUAUCCAAAGUAACACUAGAAGCUUUGAAAUCGACCAGAACAUGGACCAGCUAGUGGACCUGGAAGUCAUUCACCAUGAAGUUUUCAUCAACAACCAUCUUUCCCCAUUGUUUUCCCAGCUGAAUCGAUCGUUUAGUGCACCUUCGUUGCAAACGUUCAGAAACGUUUCCGCAGGGUCUUCUUCUUCCCAAGGCACCGAAUACUCGGUCACCGCCAUCUGCCGAUUUACCACUCCACCUCCAAUCGAUUUGGGGGUUUCAGAACCACCCAAAUCUUCACCCAUAAGAAAGCUCUACCUGAGCCCCAAGAAGUUGUUCGGCAAGUCCAUGGACACCAUCGACACCUCGUCUCACAACUACCACAAACACACUGGUUCAGUUAUUUCUAACCAGUUCUCCUUAUACUCUUCGUCGUCUAAAUCAGGGUCUCCUAAGAGAACCUCAUUAUCCAGGACCUCUUCCAGGACCAAACCCUCCAGAUCUCGGUCUGUGUCUCCUAAGAAGUCCUUCAAGUCCCUCAUAAGAAGAUCCAGCACUCAGCUGGAGAGCCCGGUAAAGGUUACAGUUGCACCUCCCACUUUGCUAAAGCAGGCUAUAGUAAAGAAACAACAAACUGAGAUAGAUUUCGUGGAGGAUCGGUGGGAAUUAAGACCCAUGCCAUCUGUAUCGAACUCCAGAAACAGCUCUUUGCCUAGUGCUGUUAUUGGGGAGUACGACAGGGAAAAGUGGAAUACCCUCAAGGUUUUAAAUAAUGUAUCAUAG